GGAUCAGCCCUCUCUCAGCAGACAUCAUGUGACGGAGGAGUGGCAGAAAAUCAGGAAACGCUCGGCUGCUGUUGCGAGUCACCAGAAAGCUUUCAUCAUGGCAUACCAGGCUGGGUUUCAAGAGGAGCCCAGUGUUUUGGUGAACAGCAUCAGCACUAAUAUCCAGAAAAUCACAGUACUGACCUCCGAGCUGCAGAGGGCGGUGUCACUUCUGGGAAGUGAGCAGGACACCAGCUAUCUCCGACAGACGCUUCAACAGAAACGGCAGCAAGGCAACCAUCUGGCAAAAGAGACUGACCGGCUUAUCAAAGGGUUUGCUUCCCUUCCUGUCGGCCCUGAUCAGCGGCAGAGAAAGCUGCAGAAGGAGCGUCUGCUGAACGACUUUUCUACCGCUCUGAACAGCUUUCAGAGAACACAGAGGGAUGCAGCCAACAAAGAGAGAGAGUUCGUGGCCAGAGUCAGAGCGAGCUCCAGAGUGUCUGGAGGUCAGCCUGAAGACAGCUUUGAACAUGCAGAUCCUUUCCAGAGGGAUUCCCAGAUGCAGGCUCAGACUGAUGCCAUCACUGAAGAAGACCUGAGGCUGAUCCAAGAGAGAGAGUCAGCCAUCAGGCAGCUGGAGUCCGACAUCACGGAUAUAAAUGACAUCUUCAAGGACCUGGGGAUGAUGGUCCAUGAGCAGGGAGACAUGAUAGACAGUAUAGAAGCUAACGUGGAGAAUGCAGAUGUCCAUGUCCAGAAUGCAACGCAUCAGCUGCAACAAGCUGCCAACUACCAGCGGAGCUCCCGGAAGAAGAUCUGCAUCCUCAUGAUACUGUUGGCAGUAGUCGGUGUUGUAGUAGGACUUAUCAUCUGGGGUGCUGUCAGACAAUGAGGUCUUCCUCCUCCUCCUCCUCCUCCUCGACAAAGGAUGAAGCAUCAUCCUUCUAUCGUCUUCCUCUCCCAGCCCUCUCAGGAUGGAGGUUUCAUUUUAUUUGUAAGAUAUUUUGGUUCUCGCUGACAGGACUGCACACUCCAUCACUGUGAAGCAGAACUACAGUAGCGCUGGGAGCUUAUUGUUAUAAUCAGAUUUGGUUGAAUUAAUUGUGCCUGAUUUAUGUGCGGUUUCGUUGCUCACCUGUUUGUCAGGUGAAGCAGUAAACAUAGGUGGGGUCACUUGUUGCCAAUGCACUGACAGUGUGUGGUCUCUCUAUUAAGCUGAAUGGUAAAUAAUCCAAAAGAUGGUGGAACUCGCAGGUAAUGUUUCCAGAUCAUUACCUACAAGUUCUAAUAAUAUUUUUUAGCUUUUCAGCAAAGAAGGUUUUAAGGAUAUUUUUCAUUUCAGGUAAUAUUCAAUAAGGUUCAAAGUUUUAACUGCAGCAUUCAGGGGAUGUUUGGAAGAUGUAGUCAUGGGAACAGACUACAAAGAUCUCAUGAUAGCAAAUAUCACAAGAAAGGUUUUGAAGACUUAAUUGAGACUUGCUCAGAUUUAAUAAAAUGUUCUUCAAAUAUGAUUUAUUAACAAAGGUAGAACAUUCUACCUGCGAUAUUCUGAGGAUGUUGCUGAGGUAACACAUGAUAGAACAUUCCUAUAAUUUUGAACUUUUGGUGGCUAUCCACUGAAGGAACUCGGUCGAUCUACAUUCCAACCCUCGCCUAUUGUCUGGGUAGUGACCAAAAAGUGAGGUUGCAGAUACAAGCAUCCAAAAUGAAUUUCCUCUUCAGAUAGGAUGAGGAGCUCAGACAUCCAGUUAGGCCCUUUCAGUUGUUCUGUUUCCAUUGUGGUGCAGAAUGCAAAAGCUUCGACUGCAACUUUAACUCCAAGUGUACCAAAAUAGCGACAGUAGCUUCUGGACGUAACUCCAGUUGUGUGAGACAAUAGAUAAUUGAUCAAUAGGGGUUUGUUAUGCUUGCCUGUUUGGUGAAUAUUAGGUUGUUGAUGGAGAUGUUGGAGAAAACUACUACUGGUUGAGGACUUCUCAUUGUCAUCUCUGAGAUAAACCAACCAGCAUUUGUCUUAUUCGACUUGAACCAAACAGCAUUUCGAUCCACGCAGCGUUUUUUUUUUUAUCAGGAUUUACCCUGGAGUAAAUACUUCUUCCACUCUGAAAAAGGUUCUAUAGAAGGUACAAAGGGUCAUGCUGCUCCACAAAGAUAAGUUCCUGCAGUGGAAAACAGCCCAACGUUUAAAAAAAAAAUGUUUGAAGGCUUGUCAGGCCAAAUAAUGUGUGUUUUUGUAGAAUGUCUUUAGAGAGCGUUAUCCUACAUUUAUGAAGAAUAUUGUGGGAACUAAAACCAAAAGAAAACUCCCAAUGAAAUCAUUAACAAAAAUUUGUUAGAAUGUUUUUAGAUCAAAAAUAUUAUAUCUGUGUAAGAGGUUAUCGUUCAUACUGCUGCAGCUGCUGCCUUUUUGUCAGGGUAAAUAUGAAAAGUCUACAUGCAAUAAGCUUAUCUGCAGUUAAAGGUGAAGUGUGCCAUUCUGGAAAAUAAAAUGAAACAACAAAAUUAAAAGAGGAUGAGUUUGAACAUGCACAAGCUGGAAUAGUGUUGAUUGGUGCCAGCCACUUUGUUUCUUCUUUGCAGAGGCACAGCUGAGCACAAACACCAAUUUUUUUUUAAGUGCACACUCGUAACACAUAGCUAUUUACUAAAUUUGACCAAAACUGUACUGUAUUAGAAUCACUGACUUCACCUUCAAGUGCAGUUUAUAAAAUUACUCCAAAUAACCAAAUCUUGCUUUUGCGAAAUGUAGCCAAACAAGAUUCAGCUUUUUAACCUGCUAUGAUCGAAUGACAUUCCAGCCUUUCUAAUCUAUCGUCUUCUGUAUUUUAAGUUAUAAUUAACAAUUCUCAAUAUUAAUUUCAAAUUCAUACUGUUGUAUUAUAAUACAAAUCAAGCAGCAUUGUACAUAGUCAUCCUGAAUCUUGUGCUUUAAAUUACACUCCAUAAACAGUCAUUCUACACAAUAAGGGGAAACUUGUUUGUUACUUUAAAUAAAUCAUGUGCUUGUAUUUGGCUUGUGGAAGAAAAUCUUUUUUUAUUAAAUUACAUUGUCAAACACAACGACUAUAACAUGUAGCAGAGGAAAAGAUUAGGUAAUACUUGGUGGUUUUGUGAUUUGCUUUAACCAACUGAACAGAUGUUUUUAUUCAUUUCUGCUAGUUCGAUGUUGCUACAGGUUGAUGCUUGUAUGAUUAUUUCUGUUGAAGUCAAAUGUCACCAUUUUUUUGGUGACUGAUUUCUUUUUGCAUCACAAAAAUGAAGAAUCCAAAGCUUAAACCAAAACCUACUAAUGCUAAGUGUAGUUGGUUAACUACAAAGUAUUGUAAGUUAAUGCAAACACUAACACUACUGUUGCUGCAACUAUUUGCCCUAGAUGUAAAAUUGCAAUCAUGUGUAUGUUUUUAAUGUUAAGAUUUAACUGCUUGCCAUUUGUUGAAUAAAUGACUUGAAUGUCCCGA